AUGUCUACAAAGCCACCCCCAACAGACCUCCCAACACACUCAUUCUCCACUACUAAGGAACUAGAAGCAUUUUUCGAGCGCGAACAUUCAACUCUACCUGGAUUUCACCUAAAACUCGCAAAGAAAGCCUCUAAAAUACAAUCGGUGACCGCCGCAGAAGCCGUUGAAACUGCUUUGUGCUUCGGCUGGAUUGACGGCCAAGCGAAUGCGUACGACAAGGAUUGGUGGCUCGUGCGAUAUACUCCUCGCCGGGCUAAGAGUAUCUGGUCUCAGAAAAAUGUGAAUACGGUGGGAAGAUUACUAGAAAACGGCCGAUUACGCCCGGCAGGUCUGGCAGCGGUGGAAGCUGCAAAGGCCGACGGCCGUUGGGACCGCGCUUACGCUGGCCCCGCCACCAUAACCGUCCCUGACGACUUUGCGACUGCAUUGGCCAUGGAGCCAGCCGCAGCAGCUUUCUUUAGUACUCUGAAGAAGAGUGACCGGUAUUCUGUGCUGUGGCGCGUGCAGACAGCUUCCCCAAAGUCUCGUAACAACCGAAUAAAGACUUUGGUACAGACGCUAGCUGAAGGCAACUGGCCAGCUGUUCCAGCGACAUCGGUGUCAAAGCGCAGGGAUACAUCUGAAGAGUUCACUGAGAUCAAGGAGGAUACGAGUGUUAUAUCUAAGAAACAAAGACGCACUACUCGUCUACAAGGCGGCCGUCAUGCGCAGGAUAAUAGGGAAAGCUAG